AUGUUACAACAACUAUUCAAGCACCUGCGCUUGGUCGGUCUGUUGACUGCUGCUGUGGCUGGUUUCCUCGUGGCAUUAUUGGCGGUCCACCAACUUGUGCUCCCCGUUGUCGGCUGGAUCUUCCCUUCCCUGGAAUCAACAUUCUUUGAUCUUGCCGUCUAUGGUGGUUAUCCGCAACGGAGCUAUGUGUCGCACAACUUGACCUCGCCAGACCUACAACAAGUACGAUGGGACGAUAAAUGCGACAACGGCUUCAUCUUUAUCUCUCCACAGGGUAAAUCGGUCGAACACCCUGGACCUAUGAUCCUGGACGCCAGAGGUAAUCUCGUAUGGCAGACAGAUCAGUACGGACAGGCCAUGAACUUGAAAGUCCAGGAAUACAAGGGUGAAAAAUACCUUACCUUCUGGGCUGGUCUCCGAGGAUCGAGCUAUGGCUAUGGGAACUACUAUAUGGUGAGUGCAUUCAAUUGCCUGUUGUCAAUGCCCAAGACUAACGCGUCCCUUAGCNUCGACUCCUCGUACCAAGAAAGAUACCAAGUCUCGGCUGUCGGCGAGGGCCUCAAGGGCGACCUUCACGAAUUCACCCUAACGAAAGAUGGCACGGCGCUUAUCACAAUCUACAAUGCAUCACAAACCGACAUGACUGCAAUGCGGAGGCCAGUGGAUGGCUGGGUCAACAACAACCUGUUCCAAGAGAUCGAUGUCGAAACUGGCGAGCUGCUGUUCCAGUGGAAUGCGCUAGACCACUUCUCUGUCAUGGACUCGUUCUACACGCAUCCGCUGGCCGGAUACUGGGAGUCGAUUCCGUACGAUUGGUUCCACAUCAACAGUGUCGAAAAGGACGACCACGGCGACUACCUCAUUUCAUCUCGUCACCUCCACUCUCUAAUCAAAGUCAAUGGCACCACUGGCGACGUAGUCUGGACUCUCGGAGGCAAGCAAAACACCUUCAAAGACAUCUCAGCCGGCGAAGCCACGAGUUUCAGCUGGCAACACGACGGUCGCUGGCUGGAUCAGGACCAAGGCACUCUUACCCUUUUCGAUAAUAGCGAUGCCGGCNCCCUCCACCUCGACGCCUCAUACUCUACCGCCCGCAUGAUUCAGAUCAGCACGACCGACAACACCGCCAAACUCCUACACAAAUACGUCUCGGACCGAUACACUCGCGCUGCCUCCCAAGGCUCUGUUCAAGUCCUGCCAUCGACAAACACUGUUUUCGUGGGUUGGGGUCACUCGCCAGUCUUCUCAGAAUUCGACAUUGACGGCACACUGAUCUGUGAAGCUCACUAUGGCGCACAAUACAUCUCGCACUACGGGCGUGUAACAUCUUACCGCUCGCUCAAGGCUGAUUGGGUCGGUGCGCCCGCCGAGCCUCCUAGGGCAAAGAUACAGGCUGGACGGCUAUACGCCUCCUGGAGCGGCGCUACAGAAGUAGCGACAUGGACGUUACAAUCUGCCGACUCCUGGAAAGAUGCCGAAUUUGCCGAUGUCGAUGUAGUCGACAAGGUCGCCUUUGAAACCUCAUUCCUAUUACCUGACGGCAACUCAGAGACACGGUAUCGCGUUCUUGCUUCGGACGCCGAAGGCAAUGCCCUCGAAGUCUCUGAGAUUGCGACCGAAGACACGACAACAACAGCCAAGAGUGUAUGGAGUGUGUUGCUCCCACUCGGAGGCUGUUUUGGUGUGAUAGUCGGCUUCUGGGCUCUGAGGCGCUUCCGAAAGGGAGAGCGUGUUUUGCCCAAGUUCAAGAAGGGGACGAGCAGCUAUUCGCACAAGUACAGCCGCUUGUGA